AAAUUGCCAUGCUGCUAGUGCUGGUGCUGUUCUGGGGCGCACUGUUCAGAUUCUUCCUGAUGUAAUACCACUGAAGCUCUUUCCUGAUAAUUCCCAUGAAUCACGUCCGUUUUCUUCGAUGUCGAAGUUACAGACAUUAGAUACAUGCAAUACUGCUGAUGUAAAUCUCGCUCGUGCUCGCACUGCUCAGUUUCUUCACAAUGAAUCUCCUUCGGGUUCUCGCUUUCCCAGGAGAACAUCAUGUCUGUUGUCUCCAUUUUCAAGUCAAAGACAUCGGACAAAAAAGAUUUCCAUGCAACUGUUGGCUGCUAUUGCACUCAGCCACUCUUCUUAAAACUCUCAUCGAAAGAUGUUUACUCUCUAUCCUCUUCUUUUUCAAGGAAGAAAUACUAGAUACAAAGAUCUCCAUGCAACUGUUGUGUUCCGUCGCUCUUCUCAGCGUUCUCAUGGAGUGGUGGCAGCCAGUUAGAAUGCUCCUACGCACGUCUGUCUACGCGUCUCAGCUGUACAGGGUUCACUUCUCAGCUGGACAAGGUUCACUUGUUGUUUUGUCACCGUUGCUGCCUGCAACCCCUGGUCUCUCGUCACUAUAUAGCCACUCGUUAGCACCUCAAUACAACUCAUGCUUUCCUCACUGAUCCUUUGCCCUUCCUACGCCAGCUGCCAAGUGGCGGUAAUUAUUAUUUUUGC